AUGCCGAGGGAUAUGCUACUCAAACUUACUCAGUACUAUGGAGUAAUGGUCCAAAAAACGAUGAAGAUGAGAUGUCUGUGUCUGUGUGUUUUCCAGAUCAUUGUUAAUGUCAAACUAGCUGCUGUUCGUUGGGCUGAAAAGAGUCUAAAAAUCAUUGGUAAGGCCAUGCUAAGGCUCGAUCGGUUCUCGGAGGCUUUUCGUCCCAGCAUCGCCAACGAUCACCGCUAA